GACCGGCUGAGAAGGCCAUAGCUGAAACAUCAACAAGUACACUUACAUUUUCAUUGGAAAUUCCAUCAGAAACAUUUGUGUAAGUAUAUUUGACUUUUUCAUGCAGAUAAAUAAUUAACAAAACGCUCUAUACAGCGUCGCUGGGGCUAUACAAAUGAAAACUAAAUUUUGUUACCAUUGUGCCCCAAUAGCAAUGCACCCCACUUUAUUAUUUUAAUGUCUCAUACAAGUGAAUUUUGCUUGUCAAGGGGAGAGUAUUGCCGCUCUCAAAUUUGCUAUAGGUUUGUAUUGCAGAUAUAGGUGGCUCAGUUUUGAAGUUUUUGUUAGUAUUAUAUGACCCUAUGCACUUCAGGAUUUUAUAGUAACUUAUUCAUAUUUGUAACUCAUUGUCAUACUAUAUUCAUUUACUCUGAAGAUGUCUUAAGUUAAAGACGAAACGUUACUACUUCUUAAAUAAAUUUUAUGUCUAUAUUCUUCUCUAUAUGGCUCGUUUGCGGCGUACGUUAUGCUGGGCGUUAAUCUUUAUAUUACGAUCAUAUUUCACACUACAGUUUUCACGUUUCCACAGCUAACUAUUAUAGGGACGUUGUUAGAUAAAUUUUAUAUUGAUAUGACACCAAUAUAUGCUUCCCAUAAAGUAGUUACCUAUUAAAACUACGCUGUGUAGUUUAAGUUAUAACCUUUUACCUUGCGAUUAUCUUUGGCUCGCUUAUAUUCAGAUUCAGUAUAUUAUGAUCGUGCACGGGAAUUCAAAGAUCCAAAUUUCUGAUCUUCAGAGUUGUGCACCAAGAAAAAUGCAUUAACUAAGCUAGUAAGAAUGUAUUAUGGCAUAAUCCAUAGAAAACAGGUUUAAUUCGUUGAAAAUUUUAACGAAAUUGUUUGAAACAUUUUGCCCACUCCACGAAAGGCCGCCAUUUUGAAAAGGAUAAAUUGGAUUUUAUUAGGCAGCUCAUUAAUAUUCUAUUUUGUGACUAUCGACGAUUGGAGAUAUACUCGCCUGGGCACAGUGCCCCAGCGAGUAAUAAUUAUUAUAUAUUAUUUGGUUUAUAUGAAGAAGGCACAUUUUGAUUUAUAGAUAUUUCUACGUGGUGGCUUUGAAAUUAAAAGACGGCAAAGAGCCUGCAUCAUCUGACAGUUACGAGAACAAGGAGUUAGUGACGUAUGCUGAGGCGGAAAAAUCGACCAAUCCGAACCUUAUAUUGCCGCGGUAGUUACAUCCAGCGGUGUUGACGGAAACAUGUUUGUACUUGGUGAUGGCAGAAAUACAGAUGAUCCAACUUCACGAAAACGGAGGUCAACUACAAGUGAUUAUUUUAAUGGUCCGUUGGAGCCUGGCACUAAUUAUAGUGUUUUUCAAAGGAUUAUUAUCAAUGAAAUGGUAUGAUAUUGGGGUGGGGUGUGGGACAGCAAACUUUCAUUUGAAGCGCACUGAUCUCAAAACCGGGCUGGUUUACGGAGCCAAUGGCGGCCAUAUUGCCAUAGAUAUUGAGUGGGCAUUUCAGGAAAAAGUUCAGGCAAACGAAAGGGAAAAUUGAAGCUUGCUCAUGGGGGCAAAUGUGUGUUUACACUUACGGUUUCUGCUGCGAUUUUAAGUGCAAUUUUUUUCCUUCUGAUUGAUCGGAACGAGCAAGGGAGUUGAGAAUGUUCCGAAUAUCUGAAUGUUCAUAACUCAUUCAUCGCACCUAAAAUAGCAGAAACGAUGUAAAUGUAAACGCAUUUUAUAGCAAUGUGUAUUUGGCUUGACAGAUCAAUAAAUUAAUAAUUUCUCGUCUUCUUUACUAUAGGGUGAUUAUUAUUCCACUGACUGGAGUCCUCCAUCAAAAACGAGUGAAGGUACAGGUAUAUUUCUUCCAUAUAAUUUUAAAUUGAUAUUGAUCAUUGGGUUAGAUAAGUAAGUUUAGUCAUGAUAAAAUCAAUAAAAAUGAAUAAAAACAGAUUGGAGUAUGAAUUUACAGUAACAGUAUUUUAUCAUAUUGCUUUUCCAACUUUAUUUAAUAUCAGGCAUGUUGUAAAUUAUUUAAUACAGGGUGAUUUCUUUAAUCGUAUCUCAAACUCAAUAAUAAUUCAUGAGCCAGCCAUAGUACUUUAUUUUGCUCACAUGAUAAUACUAGCCAGAUACGUGGUGAAGUAUUAGUUUCAUAUUAAUCUGACACUGCAAUCGAGCAACGAAAAAUUCGUUGGCUCGAGCGGGAUUUGAACUCGCAUCUAGACCGCCGCUCUACCUAUUGAGCUAUCGAGUCAACAGGGAUUGGUAACGAGUCUUAUAGUCCAAUUUAAGUGCACGAAAUAUUUUCGUGACGACUUAACGCUUGUCUUAGAGGACGCGCAGUGUUUCAAUUCUAUUUCAGAACCAUCCUCAGAGAUACGAAAAACUAGUUUCAUAUUAAUCUACCAAUCCCUGUUGACUCGAUAGCUCAAUAGGUAUAGAGCGGCGGUCUAGAUAGCCGAAGAUGCGAGUUCAAAUCCCGCUCAAGCCAACGAUUUUUUCGUUGCUCGAUCGCAGUGUCAGAUUAAUAUGAAACUAGUUUUUCGUAUCUCUGAGGAUGGUUCUGGUGAAGUAUAUUGAUCCAGUCCUAGGACUGGUCCGCGCAAUUUCAUCAAAAUGCGAGGACUUGAAAUCUAGUCCAGUCCGAAUUGUAGGAUUUCAAAUACUAGGUUCUUUGUAAGUUUGCAUGGCGAUAAAACAUAUAAUAGUUUUGUUUGUGGAAGCGUAAAUUUAUUACUACAAAGCUUUCGAUCCGUAAGCCCGAAUCUUCAUCAGUGCUAAUAAUAUGAUAUAAAUAAUAUAUAAUCUUCAUCAUAUUAUUAGCACUGAUGAAGAUCCGUGCUUACGGAUCGAAAGCUUUGCAGUAAUAAAUUUACGUGGCGUUUCCACAGACAAAACUAUUAUAUUUCAAAUACUACUUCAAAUUUUAGGUCAAGUUCCAGGUGACGUUCCAGACACGGACGACAAUGAUGAUUGUUCAAAAAAGUAUCUUGUUGGAAUGAUAGUAGCAAUAUUGGUGGCUAAUUUAGGUGUUAUUAUCGCUUUAUAUUUUAUCUGUCAAAAUCGUCGACUCAAAUCAUCAAGCACCGAAGUAAAUGUGGAGAAGACAAAUGACGUAAGUAAUUCACAAUAUAUUUAAGAUGAUAUUAUGAACAAGUAGGCGAUGAACAGUCGAUGUAUACAGCUCUCAGUAAGCCUGGAGAAGUAAUUGAUGAUCAUUUAUAUGCUCAUUCAAAUGAGGUAACAGAAAAUAUGUGCGCAGAUCAGAAGGAAACUGGAUUCUAAUGUCUUAUCAAUGCAUAGCAAUCUCGUUCCCCGAGCCUGCGAUCCUCGGGAAGGAAUCGAAGGCUCUGGGAUAAUCCGUUACCGGAAGCCAAGAAUCCUGGCUAAGAUUUAACUACGCAUUCAAUUUCAAUGGCCAAUCAGAUUCCUCCCUGAAACGGAUUAUCCCAGAGCCUCGCGUUCCUUCCCGAGGAUCGCAGGCUCGGGGAACGAGAUUGAAUGCGUAGUUAAUCAAGAUAUGAUCUGCCGUAAAUUUCAAAGUGUCUACAAUGAACUAGGAUUUUAUGUUGGAAACACAGCUUCACUAUGAAUAAAUCUUCUCAACUUUUGCUUGUUAAUAUUUCCACUGUACGUUUGAGUGUGCCAUUGGAUGAUUGCUUCACUGUUAUGCAAAAACUCGAUGUCUCGACCGUGCACAAAUUUAUAUAGAAAUAAAAAAUGAAACAAAUUUAAAACUCUCUCCAGAUCAUAUCUUCAUUCGCUAUGGUUUAGACAAAAACUUGUUCUUCGUUGUCUGAUUUUGCUCAGCAAUUCCGUGCGAUGAAAUGUAGAUGAAUCAAUUUUGUGAUAAUAUUACAAUAAUGAAACAGACCUAAUUGAUCUAAUAACUAAUUGAUGUAUUCUAAUUAAGGACUUGAAAUUAAUUAGCUAAGGACCGUGCGUAAUAAUUAAGCGGACGUAAUUGAUACUAAUAACUAAUAGAUAUAUUCUAAUUAAGGAUUUGGAAUUAAUUAGCCAAGGACCGCGUGUGUAAUAACUAAGAUGUAAUUGAUACUAAUAACUAAUCGAUAUAUUAUAAUUAAGGAUUUGGAAGUAAUUAGCCAAGGACCGUGCGUAAUAAUUAAGCAGGUGUAAUUGAUACUGAUUACUAAUUUCAACUAAUUACAGUAUUCUAAUAACGCAUUGAGUCUGAGAAAGUUGAUGAUCAAUCCAUGUGUAUGUACUUAAUGUGUAAUGUUACUAAUGGAGUGAGUAUGUAAUGUUAAAUGUUUCCUUUCAGAUAUAGCACUUUCACAUCUACUUGGCAAAACCCAUCCAUAUGAAAGUUAUCGUAAUCAAUGUCUCGGCAACUUUGAUCAAAUGCGCACGCUCAGAUAUCUUGCCAUGUAUAAAUUACCAUUAUCACGAUCUGAUCCAUUUGAAAUUGAAAGUGUCUCACAGUAG